AUGCUGAAUUCAACUGCUGCAGUUCACGAGCCGCUACUGGACGGGACGCUUGACGCUACGACACGUCCAGCACUGUUGCGAGGCUGGCGUCCGCUCAAUCCUUUCUCGGGCGUUGGGCGUCUGCCCGUCGUUGACUCGGAACACGCCCUCGAGACGGGAAAGCUAUUUUCAGAGCGUCGCGCUAUUGAGGCGGCUCUAGCUUCACUAACAGAAGCUUGGAAGCAGGUAGACGCUGUCUUUGGAACCUUCCCAGCUACGUCUGUGACCCAGAUUCUGCUAUUGAAACCAAUCGACUUGCGGCAUCCGUUUCUCUUUUACAUGGGUCAUUUGCCAGCGUUCGCCUGGAACCGCUACAACUCAAGACUGCUGCCUGAAGACGCGCUGCCCAUACAACCCCCGCUCACACUCGAGAUGUUGAGCACUUUCGCGAAACUUUUCGAGCGCGGCAUGGAUCCGGAUGUAGACGACCCCACGCGCUGCCACUGGCACUCGCAGGUGCCGAGUACCGCUGAAGAGUGGCCUCCAGUCUUUCAGGUUGCUGCCUAUCGAGACUAUAUUCGGCAGGAUCUGAGUUAUCGUUUACGGCGCUGGAGCGAGUCAGUCGACGACCAGGUGCUGCCGCCAAGCUCGUGCUACACGCUGCUGAUGACCAUCGCGGAACACGAGUGGAUGCACACCGAAACCCUCCUGUACAUGCUCCAUCAGCUGAACGGCUACUGUAUGCGACCGUUCUGGAUAUCCGAAUAUCGACAGCAAAUGCAGAGUCUCGCCAGCGCCGACGCUUUACCUAUGGACCAGAACUCGUCGUACCCGCCGCUUGGCGCUACGCAGCGUGUCGAGAGCGACGGCAUCGUCUCUCUGGGACGCAACCCACACGAGGUGAUUGAACCGUACCUGCGUUUUGCCUGGGAUAAUGAGCUGCCUCGCGUACAGCGCAAGAUUCCGCGCUCGCUACUCGUGCAGAGAUACCCCGUAACGAACUUACAGUACUGGUAUUUUGUUCAGGCCGGUGGCUAUCGUGAACUGGAUCGCUACUGGCUGAAUGAAAGCGAUCGGCAGUGGUGUGCAAGAUCUGGGCGACAGUGGCCGCAGUUCUGGCGUGCCCUGAACCGCUCUGGACAGCAGCAAAGCGGGCCCGCAUGCUAUGUGGUGCACCCCGACGGUCGACUGGGGGAGCACGCGCUCGGGGAACCCGCUUGUGUCGAAAACCAUUGGCCUGUGUAUGUGACGCUGGCUGAGGCCCGCGCCUUUGCCAACUGGGUCUCUGGGGCGCUCGGAAACCAGCGACACCCGGCAGCGACAUGGCGGCUGCCUACCGAGGCCGAGUGGCAGCACCUCGCUGAAGGUGCCUAUCCCGACAGCGCCCUCGAUAGCGACGAGUCCUCGGAGUCAUCGGCUGACGGGAAUUACGGCUUCCGGCACUGGGGCCCGAUUAGCACCUAUGAAUCACCGAACUGCUCGCGAUGGGGUGUCUGUGACCUCGUUGGCAACGGCUGGGAGUGGACCGAGUCCCUCUUUGAGCCGCUGGACCGAGAGCGUUUCCAGCCUUCACCGCUGUAUCCGGAAUAUUCGGCGGAUUUUUUUGAUGAUAAGCAUUUUGUCCUCAAAGGGGCUUCGUGGGCGACGGGCACUCCACUCGUUCGCUCGACAUUCCGGAACUGGUAUCAGGCACAUUACCCCUAUGUAUUCGCAAAGUUUCGUCUCGUCUGUGAAGAAGCGUGA